AUGUCUAGCUUAGGUUUUUUGGACGAUCUGUAUGAACAAUUACAACGUGAUCCGGAUACCGACGAAGAUAGCGACGAAGAUAGCGAUGAUUACGGGCACAGCAUGGACUAUCGGGGUAAACGACCUAAAGCCUACACCAAUCAUCGAGGAUAUGGGAUCAGUUAUCAGAACAAUUCGUAUCGGGAUCUUGGCUAUACAGAUCGUUAUGGUGACUAUCAUUGGGAUAGCGACGCCGCAGAUAGCGACGCAGAGGAUGAUUAUUUGGAUCGCGAUGUUCAAUUUUAUCGUCCCGAUGGAAGCUACGAAGGCAAAGCACCACGGUGGUGUCUAGACAAUGGAUUUUUUAGGGUAGCACCAGGUGUCUGGUCGGGUAGGUGGUAUUGGGAACAUUUUCCAGAAGAAUUGGAAAAUCGUGAGAAAGAUCGGGCAACAAGGCACCUAGCAAAAGAGAAGAGGCGGCAGGAAAAAGAAGCUUGGGAGCGACGCGAUUUUGAAAACGAAAGGAGGGACUUAGAUGGUUUGCUCCCACCGCGCUUACACAAAUGUCUACUCAAAGGAUGCAACGAGCAUUUUCCAUCGAUUGAAGAAAGAGAUCAUCAUGUCAGGUCUCACCCAGGAAAUGGACACGCAAGAUAUCGCGAGCAACACAAUAUCUACCCAACAAUUGAAGAGCUAAUGGGCUUCAUGCCUCCGACGAGCACAAGAGGAAACGACGCGUUUCGAUCGGGUUUUGACUUUUUGGACAAUCUGGGUGUACAGCCACCGAUCAGCACAAGAGGAAAAGAUUCGUACCAAUCUGCCGAUGAUGCUCUUUUAGACCAACUGAAACAUGAUCUGCGUGUAAUGGGUGUACGAUGUGAUUUGGACAGUGAUGAUUAUGAUCAUGGAGGCGAUGACUAUGACUAUAGAGACAAGUUUGGUGCACGACGUGCUUGGGAUAAUUGGCACGACGAUGUCGAGGAAGAAGAUGAUAUUGACUUUUAUCGUCCCGAUGGAACCUACGAAUGCAAAUCACCACAGUGGUGUCGAGAUCAUGGGUUUUUUCAGGUCGGAGAAACUGAAUGGUCUGGAAAAUGGUAUUACGAACAGUUUCCAGAGAGAAAAGAGCAGUGGGAGAAAGAGCGGGUUGAAAUACAGCGGGAAAAAGAAAAAUGGGCGGUGGAGAUGGAAGCCGCAGAGGAACGCGCUUUGGAAUACGAAAGGAGGGAAAUAGAAGAGUUACUUGCUUUGGAACGCGAUGGGAGGGACAUGGAUGAUUUUCUCAUGCCUCGGCGCUCGGAUUGCAAUCAUUUAUGUCUACUCCAAGGAUGCAGCGAGCAGUUUUAUUCGAUUGAAGAACGAGACUAUCAUGUCAGAUUUCACCAAGGGAAAGGACACGAAAGAUACCGUGAGCAAUACGGCAUCUGUCAAACAACGAAUGGGCCAAUAUUUGUCCCAAACCCCUCAUCUCCUCCACCGGUUCAAUGCAAGCAAACGGACAUUCGAUCCUUCUUUGCUCCUGCAACAGGAAGGUAG